AUGAUUGCAGUGUGCGUGACUCAAGAACUAGAACCGACCAAGCCGGAUUUUGAGCUGUACGUGGGUGUACGGACCAGUUGUUCCCAUCUACGGCUGUCAAAACCGGAGAAGAUUGUACCGAAGAAAACGGCGAUACAACGCGCGAAGACCUUAGCCGUGGACAGCGCGGCCUAUAAAAACUUAACGGCCAACCAAGUCCCGUCCGACGAGCGGUUUAUUCACAGUUACUUCAACUUCUUGGAGAAGUCGGGUGCAAAGAAGGCAGAGGAUAGCGAUGCAUCUGUUUCGGAUGACGAGUUCGAUUCCUACCUC